AUGCAAAAUAACGAAAUGUCUGAGCUUCCUAAUGGGUUUUUCGAUGGAAUGAAGGACAUCAUGAAAGUGUAAGUUUUUUUUAAUGGUCAGUGAAACGUACAAUAUUAUAUUACAUUAUGUUUCAAGUUUCCUGCAAUACCGACUCCGCAAAUAUUUAGCUGGUUUAGGUCAGUUUAACCUACUGAAAACUUGUAGCUAUACAGAGAUUGUUGUUGAAGUUACAAUCUUUUGCAAUUAUAUGGUUUCCUUUUUCCUUUUUUGAGGCCCCAUAUAAUCGCAGCCUACCUCACUUAGCUUCAAAAUCAGCGGAAAGUUUGGUGCCUCAAAGACCAUUCGAUUCACUAUCCCUAGAUUGAGCCAACAGCAACCUGGAAAAUAAAUUAUACCCCAUAUUUUGAUCAUGACCUUUCAGUGUGAGUGACAACAUAUCUUUUGCGUUUUUAUCCUCACUGUAUUUGCCCUCUACAUUAUGGAUUAUAGGAUAGUGGACACCAGUCUUAUGUGUUGUCAUCUGACCAAAGAAGACGCCCAAUGCACUGCUUUAUACGACGACAGCUUCGCCAGUUGCGAGAGCAUGUUCCGCGACUCAGCUCCACGUAAAAGUAUUUGGGCAAUCGGAAUCCUUUCUUUGCUUGGUGCUGUGUUCGUAAUUGUGUGGCGUCUAAUCUUUAAAGAGAGAAACGUAGUCCAGCUUAUCAUGUUAAUGCACUUAGCAGUUGGGGAUUGCUUGAUGGGCGUUUACUUGGUCACCUUAGGUGCCAAAGACCUGUUAUGGUCGGGAAGUUACUAUCUGCAUGACUUCCAGUGGCGAUCCGGUUUGUCGUGUCAGGUUACAGGUGCGAUCUCAGUGCUGUCCAGUGAGGUGUCUGUAAUGGUACUGGCGCUCAUCUCUGCUGACAGGCUGAAGAACAUCGUUUUCCCAUACCAUGGUAGAGGGCUGACUCGCAGGAAGGCACACAUUCUGUGCGCGAUUAUUUGGGUCCUUAGUUUUGUCAUCGCAUUCCUUCCCUCAGUGGCAUUGGCUACUUUUAUGACGCCCUAG